UUCCGCAUUGCGCAGUGGAGACCGUCGGCCGCCAUCACUGCACUCAAGCUAACAUUACCCAAGACACAAGGAGGGGGAGAAAAAAAAGACAAGAAAAAAAAAUCUGAAUAGCGACAUAGCUAAUAUAGACACAGAUUGAAAUCCUCUAGCCAAGGGGAGAUCGUUGUUGUUUCCUUUGGCUCUUCUGGCGCAGAAAAAAUACAGCGACUGCCUUUCAUGCAGUCUAUAAGCCAACUUAUAAAACAAAGUCGGUCUAAGUAAUCAUGUCCAACCUUAAAGGCGGCACCAAAAAGGACACCAAGAUGAGGAUACGAGCCUUUCCUAUGACAAUGGAUGAGAAAUAUGUCAAUAACAUCUGGGACCUUCUGAAGAGUGCCAUCCAGGAAAUUCAGAGGAAAAACAACAGUGGCCUCAGCUUUGAGGAGCUCUACAGGAAUGCCUACACUAUGGUUCUGCACAAGCACGGGGAGCGACUCUACACUGGCCUGAGGGAGGUUGUCACUGAGCACCUCAUUAACAAAGUAAGAGAAGAUGUCCUAAACUCCUUAAAUAAUAAUUUUCUACAAACAUUAAAUCAAGCCUGGAAUGACCAUCAGACUGCCAUGGUUAUGAUCAGAGACAUCCUCAUGUACAUGGACAGAGUCUACGUUCAGCAAAAUAACGUGGAGAAUGUAUACAACCUUGGCCUCAUUAUAUUCAGGGACCAGGUAGUGAGAUACGGCUGCAUUCGAGACCAUCUGCGGCAGACGCUGCUGGACAUGAUUGCACGGGAGAGGAAAGGCGAGGUUGUAGACAGGGGAGCCAUCAGAAAUGCCUCCCAGAUGCUGAUGAUUCUUGGAUUGGAUGGCAGAUCUGUGUAUGAGGAGGACUUUGAGGGUCCUUUCUUAGAUAUGUCAGCGGAAUUCUUCCAGAUGGAGAGCCAAAAGUUCCUUGCAGAAAACAGUGCCAGUGUUUACAUUAAGAAAGUAGAGGCCAGAAUCAACGAGGAGAUUGAACGAGUUAUGCACUGUCUGGACAAGUCUACAGAAGAGCCCAUUGUGAAGGUGGUGGAGAGGGAACUGAUUUCUAAACACAUGAAAACAAUUGUUGAGAUGGAGAACUCUGGCCUGGUCCAUAUGCUCAAAAACAGCAAGACAGAAGACCUGGCAUGCAUGUAUAAGCUGUUCAGUCGAGUGCCAAAUGGCCUAAAAACAAUGUGUGAGUGUAUGAGCUCCUACCUACGAGAACAAGGCAAGGCUCUUGUGUCAGAAGAAGGAGAGGGAAAGAACCCUGUCGACUACAUCCAGGGUCUGCUAGACUUGAAGACGCGAUUUGAUCACUUCCUCAUCGAGUCUUUCAAUAAUGACAGACUCUUUAAACAAACCAUCGCUGGAGAUUUUGAGUAUUUCCUAAACCUCAACUCCCGCUCUCCGGAGUAUUUGUCUCUCUUCAUUGAUGACAAGCUCAAGAAAGGAGUCAAAGGGUUGACUGAACAAGAGGUGGAGUCCAUUCUUGACAAGGCAAUGGUGUUGUUCAGGUUCAUGCAGGAGAAGGAUGUUUUUGAAAGAUACUAUAAGCAGCAUCUGGGCCGCCGGCUUCUCAGCAACAAGAGUGUUUCCGAUGAUUCAGAAAAGAACAUGAUCUCUAAGCUAAAGACAGAAUGCGGCUGUCAGUUCACCUCCAAACUGGAAGGGAUGUUCAGAGAUAUGAGCAUCUCAAACACUACCAUGGAUGAGUUCAGGCAACACAUCCAAACAACAUCGGCGUCUCUGAGUGGUGUGGACCUCACAGUGAGGGUCCUUACUACUGGCUACUGGCCCACACAAUCUGCAACACCCAAAUGCACAAUCCCCCCUGCCCCAAGACAUGCCUUUGAAGUCUUUAGAAGGUUUUACCUUGCCAAGCACAGUGGAAGACAGCUGACACUUCAGCAUCACAUGGGUGGAGCAGACUUGAAUGCCACUUUUUAUGGGGCUGUAAAAAAGGUAAAUGAGGACGGUUCUGAGGUGGGUGUUGGAGGAGCCCAGGUAACCGGUUCCAACACCCGAAAACACAUUUUGCAGGUCUCCACCUUCCAGAUGACCAUCCUAAUGCUCUUCAACAACAUUGACAAGUUCAAUUUUGAGGAGAUUCAGCAGGAGACGGAUAUUCCAGAGAGAGAACUGGUGCGAGCUCUGCAGUCUUUAGCUUGUGGAAAGCCCACUCAGCGAGUUCUCACGAAAGAGCCAAAGUCUAAAGAGAUCGAGAGCGGCCAUGUUUUUACCGUCAACGAUCAGUUCACUUCCAAACUGCACAGGGUCAAAAUACAGACGGUUGCUGCUAAACAAGGUGAAUCUGACCCUGAGCGGAAGGAGACCAGACAGAAAGUGGAUGAUGACCGAAAGCAUGAAAUUGAGGCGGCCAUUGUCCGAAUCAUGAAGUCGAGGAAGAAAAUGCAGCACAAUGUCUUGGUGGCAGAGGUGACUCAGCAGCUGCGAGCACGUUUUCUUCCAAGCCCUGUGGUCAUCAAAAAACGGAUAGAAGGACUAAUAGAAAGAGAAUACUUGGCAAGGACGCCAGAGGAUCGUAAAGUGUACACCUACGUUGCAUAAAAAGGAACUAUUGAGAGUGGCAAAAGUUUUCUUUGACUCAUCAUCAAUGUUGCGCAUGGACCGAAGCUGUAGCGACAGCACUGGGGAUCGGUUUCAUCAUCCUUUGCAAAAGUAUAUAUUAAACACCGUAAACAUACACAAGUGGGAAGGAAAACAGACGUGAACAUCCACCAGAUCUUUUCUGACUUCGAACGAGGCCAAGUCUUCCUGUUCCCUGUGAGUUUUAGCACGGAUGGAUCCGGCUUCAAGCUUUUCACUGUUUUACCCUUGUAGAGAUGGAACUUGCAAGGAAUCCCUUGGGAAAAUGUGAACGAACCACCUUAUUAUUUUUUUUUUCAAUAAUGUAUCAUAAUAAAAUUAUUAAACAGCAAAUGUGGAUUCUUACAAAAAUAAAGGAGUAUCAUUGCUGUGGUUUGUCUUAG